UAAGCGUGUGUCACUUUUACUACACACAACCCUUUGAUUUCUCUCGCUUUCUUCUUCUAUUUCAUUUCUAUGCCCUUUUUCUUCUAGGAUCUUCAAUUCUUUUUUUGUGGGUUGAUUUUUCAUUCAUUCUCAAAAAGAAGAUGAAGAAGGUUUGUGAUCAGAAGAGUUAUAUCUCGAACUCAAUCAACAACCCAACAAAUUUUCAAGGGUUGGAUUCUAGAAAGGUUGGGCAAAACAGAAGAGCGUUAAGCGUGAUUAAUCAGAAUCUGGUUGUGGAAGGAAGAUCUUAUCCCUGUGUUGUUAACAAGAGAGCAUUGUCAGAAAAAAAUGAGGUUUAUGAAAAGAAGCAAGCAGAUCCGGUUCAUCGACCCAUCACUAGGAGGUUUGCUGCAAAAAUUGCUGGCACACAAAAAACUCAGGCUGAGGGAACUACCAAAAGGUCAAACUUGGAGAAUUCGAAUCCUAAUGGAUUUGGAGAGUUUAUAUUUGUUGAUGAGGAACACAAGCCAGUGGAAGACCAGCCAGUGCCAAUGGCUUUAGAGCAUACAGAACCAAUGCAGCAUAGUGAAUCAGAUCAGAUGGAGGAAGUUGAGAUGGAGGAUAUUAUGGAAGAGACUGUUUUAGACAUUGAUACCUCUGAUGCAAAUAACCCUCUUGCAGUCGUUGAAUAUAUUGAAGAUCUUUAUGCUUACUACAGAAAAGUUGAGGUACAUUUGGAAUCAAUAGUUUGGAACAUUUGUCUUUCUAUUUUUUUUAUUUUUUUAUUUCAAGGUUCAGUUCUAAUUUUUCAAUAGAAGCAUUUACUGUGUUUUCUCUUAUAAUAAAUUCAAAACAUUAUUCAUUA